AUGCUAGUGCUGCGGCCUGCUGUGCUAGCGCUGGUGUUCGUUGUGCUCGCAGGCUCUUUGCAUCCGGAUGGGGCCGGUCAAGGCGAGGGUGGCAUGUCGGCCCGCGGUGCGGCUCCUCGCUCCCCACCCUUCGCCUGGAUUGAUAAAGAACAUGAAGAGGGCGACGAUAAUGUCGGGAUGGGGAGGACGUGGUCCAUCGAUCAAGGCGCAAGCCAGCGCGGAGCGCAGGGCAUGUCGAGUGGGAUGGAUGUGCAGUGCCACCACGUGCUUACUUGGAACACUGUUGGGGACCCCGCUGCCCAUGAUAUUUUGGCCCUCGAUGACCCACUCAAGGUGAUCAAGGUGCUCGCAUCCGACGGUAAGUCGGGCGAGCAGUGCGAGCUGGCGUACACCUCGUGCAAAGUCAUUGGCAACGGCUCCUUUGGCGUCGUCUUCCAGGCCAAGCUCGUGCCCGGCUCAGCAGGGUCAGCAGCAGCGUCAUCGUCAGCAGGGGCAGAUGCAUCCUCAUCCUCUUCAGCAGCAGCAGCGGCGGCGCCAGCAGCAGAUGCGGAAGGAACAGAUACGGGGGCGACGGGCGUGAGCUCAGCCAGUAACAGCAGCAGUUCAAAAGAACCGGGCCAGGACGAUGUGGCGAUCAAAAAGGUAUUGCAAGAUAAGCGAUUCAAGAAUCGAGAGCUGCAGAUCAUGCGCAUCGUCAAACAUCCAAAUGUCGUGGACCUAAGGGCUUUCUUUUACUCCAAUGGCGAGAAGAAAGACGAGGUGUUCUUGAAUCUGGUGCUGGAAUUUGUGCCAGAGACGGUGUACCGGGCGCUACGGCACUAUGCCAAGAUGAAGCAGACAAUGCCGAUGCUGCUGAUCAAGCUGUACAUGUACCAGCUGUUGCGCUCGCUCGCGUACAUCCACUCGAUCGGCAUUUGCCACCGAGAUAUCAAGCCACAAAACUUGCUACUUAACCCGCACACGGGCGUGCUGAAACUGUGCGACUUUGGGAGCGCCAAGAUCCUCGUCGCAGGCGAGCCGAACGUGUCGUACAUCUGCUCACGGUACUACCGCGCGCCGGAGCUGAUCUUUGGCGCGACGAACUACACGACGAACAUCGACAUCUGGUCCACCGGCUGUGUCAUGGCCGAGCUGAUGCAAGGGCAGCCGCUCUUCCCCGGCGAGAGUGGGAUCGACCAGCUGGUCGAGAUCAUCAAAGUGCUCGGCACGCCAUCGCGCGAGCAGAUCAAGACGAUGAACCCGAAUUACAUGGAGCACAAGUUCCCGCAGAUCCGGCCGCAUCCGUUCAGCAAGGUCUUCCGCCCGCGCACGCCACCAGAAGCGAUUGACCUGAUCAGCCACCUGCUUGAGUACACGCCCGGCGCGCGCCUCACCGCCAUCGAGGCCAUGUGCCACCCGUUCUUCGACGAGCUGCGCACCGGCGACGCCGUCAUGCCCAACGGCAGGAGCAUGCCCCCGCUCUUCAACUUUACCAAGGAGGAACUCAGCGUGCGCCCAGACCUCAUCUCCAAGCUCGUGCCCCAGCAUGCAGAGCAGGCGCUCCUUGCACGCGGAAUCGACAUACACAACUUUACGCCCAUCCCUCUUGAGUCGAUGAAGGUCAGCCUCGAUUGA